AUGAUAUCAGCAUCACAGUUACGAUGCGUGAGGCAGAAUCAGAAACUGUUAACAUUCACCACAGCCCUACUGAGCUUAUACUGUCUGGUUUCUUCAUCUACACGUGGCGGAAGCCAAUCUGUUUCGAGCCCAGAUCUUCAACGCCUUGCACGUCAACUCUCCCCAGCGUACAACCAGUGCAGUCACCCUUUCCACAGCUACUUGUGCAACCCCGCUCCGAGAUCAAGAACAGUGACUCCUGAGGGGUCCGCUUCGUUCACUGUGAAGCAAAUAGAGAAGCCAUUGGCUUCUGCACCCGCUCCGUCAUUUGGGGUCAAGACCAUUGCAGUACCACCAGAGCUCCAACCAGACCCCUCUUCAAACAACUUCCGGAAACAGACACCAAAACAACUCAUAAGCCCAACUAAAGCGACGAUAGAAGAUCCUGCAUUUGCUAAUUGUCAACAGCAUACUAUCACUGUAGAACCACCUACUACACAAAAGACCAUAGUUAUAUCAGGCGAGAGUUCUUUUUCGAGGGAAAGUAAAUUGGCUCCAGAGCCAUAUUUGCCUCCACCUGAGCCUCGGUUUCCUGCACCAUCAUUUCAGCAACCACUUAAACUUUCUCUCCCUACCCAACCGCCAACCAAGAAACCUUUAUCAACUCCUGAAUAUCUUCCUGAAACAUAUCCCAAACCAUCAGCUACGUUUGUUCAAAGUGAAAACAUUCUAACUCCAUUCCAAAAUAAAAAUUUCCAAACAACCACCACAAUACCAGAACGUUUUUCAAGUACAAAAACUGAAAGAACAUUGUUCGAAGGACAAGCAGCUGGCUCUCCUGAAUCAGUAAUUCGUAACGAUAAUGAAGUUGAUAAUUGUAAACAUUCUUUUCACAGUUUUCUGUGUAACCCACCUUCACUCUCUAGAGGCAGACGACCGAUCACUAAUUCGAGAACGAAGCCUAUAUCUUCACCGACAGGAGACAGCACUUUUCUAGACCCUUCUAAAGUACUACCACCCAUACUGCCUGCCUCCCAGAAAAUCAAACCGAAACCAACCACGACUUCAAGACCUACUUAUAUAUCAACAACGCCUCCAACAGAGACAAAGAUUUUUGCUGAGGCAGCUGAGGAUCCCGUUCAAGUAUUACCACUACAAGAUCAAAAGCAACCGAGUAUUUGCAAGGAUGCCUUUCAUAGCUUCCUGUGCCAACCGGUUGAUACAUCUCGACGAAAACAGAAAUAUGGGGAAAGAUACCAAAGUUCUGCUGCACGAACGCCUGUUCCUUCUGCCCCUUUAAGAGGAGACAGCUCAUUCAAUCAACCUUCGAAAGUAUUACCCAACUUUAAUCAACCCUGCAAUACUACACCUUCUACUGAAGCACCAAGUGCUUCAUUUCCUUCACGCUACACACCAAGAGCUGAGAGUUCAUCCCCGAAAAGAGACAGUUUAGGAAACCAAACCAAAGCUAUCCCAACUACAAACAGACAAUUCGUGAGUUCCUCCACUAUUCUGCCAACUGUUCCAGUUCCAAAACCAGACAGCACCUUCAUUCAACCUGCUAGAUUACUGCUCCCAUCGACCCAAUCCACUACAAUGCGCGCUACUCCAGGGGUACCAGAAACUCAUAUCCUUAACGUGCCGGCAGCACAAACUGCAGAUGUCUCUGUAGUUAAACCUGAAGAUGGCCAUAGGCACGAUCACAGCCAUGAUCAUGGUCACGGACACGAUCACCAUGGAAUCGAUAUAUGUAAGGAUCCCUUUCACAGCUUCUUAUGCAUUCCUGUCGUCCCCUCUAAACGUAAACGUCCAACAGGAGAACUUCCAGCAAGGUUUAGAAACCCAGUACCUCAGAAUCUCCUAGGCGCUGGUUCUUUCAACCAGCCUGCAAAACUACUUCCAUCUAAUGCCAAGAAACUAACAACUAGACUACCUGUAAGGAGUACAACCACUUCACUUCCACCAGACGAACCGAUAAGCCCUACCCAGCCUGCACAAGGCUUUCAAGCAAAACUGUUGCCACAACCUGAAAUUCAGCUCGAUCCAAAGGAAGAACAUUCAAGAAAACGGCUAUUAGACAUUUUCUCGUGUGAUAAAAAUAAAUCGACUACAGAAAAUCCUGCAGCAUACGAAUCUCCUCUACCCUCUUCUAAUCUGAAAGGAGACAGUUCGUUUGUGAACCCAUCGAAAGUUCUACAGUCUGUGUCAUUAAAUGAUCAGAGUAGCGAAAGCAAAGGUUCAGUACUUGGGUAUGAGUAUCCCACACCAUCUCCCAGCCAACAAACUGCAACCCCAUUACCAACGUCGGCACAAAACACAGGCUAUGUUUAUGAUCCACCAUCUAAACCACUACAGUAUCCAGCAUCUUCAUUUAGAGGAGACAGCACAUUUAUCCAACCACUGAAAAUUGCGCCUAAUAAUUUUUCAGGCCAGAGCACUGAAAAUCGCGAAUUUUCAUCAGGAUUCAAUGAGUUUUCUGGAUACAAUUAUCCAACUCCACAGAAGCCAUUUGGGUAUAGCACGAUAUCACCAUUAACAAAAAGUGUUUUAUCGGUUAGGAUUUCUGAACAAGACACAAAUAAUCAAGAAGACAAACCAACAAAAUCAGUUCAAUUCCUUGACUCGCCAUUUGGUGGUAUACUUGGGACUUCAAGUAGCGAUACUGAAUAUAGGAAAACGCUUACUCCAUUCUCUACACAUGGACAAAGUACAAAGGGAAUCAUUCCACAAACACCUCCAUACAACCCAUAUUCAAAGCUCGCCGAGCGGGAUAAUCAACUAAGGUCUUUUGCGAAACUCGGAGGUGAGACAGAUCCGAAACCAACCUGCGACCACUCGCUGCCCCAGAGUACUGAUGUCCACUCACCCCGUUCGGCUCCGCCGUCUCCUUCAGAAUUUGUACGAGGACCAACAGGUGCCGCGAGCGUCCUGGCAGCUUCAAAUGAACUGCCGGAUAAAUGUAACCAUCCAUUUCUUGGAUACGUAUGCAAGAGAUCCAGUGAUGGACAAGUUCACGACAAGUGA